AUGUUUUUCCUCAAAGAACUCGAGAAGACCAUCCAGUUGCAUCCGUCAUACUUUGGUCCUCUCAUCCGUCAGCACAUCCAUCGCGAAUUGCUGCAGAAAGAGGAGGGAUCGAGUACCGGAAAGUACACCAUCGUGUGUAUUCUGGACUCGUUCGAUAUCUCUGAUGGCAAGGUCAUGCCUGGCUCUGGAUCUGCCGAGUACGUUGUGCACUACAAGGCAGUCGUAUGGCGGCCCUACAAAGGCGAGGUGAUGGACGGCAUUGUUACCUCAGUACUGCGUACUGGAUUCUUCGUCGACUGCGGCUCUUUACAGGCCUUUGUGGGACGUAGUAUGAUUCCCGCUGAAAUCAAGUUCGACGCCAAUGCUACACCGCCGCAGUGGACAGACGAUGGAGAGCAGGUCAUUGAAAAGGGUACCAACAUCCGCAUUAAGAUCAAGGGUCUCAGAUCCGAGGUGGACAAGAUGUAUGCCGUAGGCACCAUGAAGGAGCGCACCCCGAAGGAGGAGGAGACGGAGUUGCUGACCAAAGAAGAGAGAUCCGCGCGCAGCUCAGAAGAUGGCUCCGAAGCUUCCGUAUCCUCGAUCUCUACCACGUCGCUCGUUCUCGAACAUAUCAACGAUCCAAGCAUCAACCGCGCGUUGCAUUCGAAUCGUGGGGAGAAGUACAUAGAUGAUGACGACUACGCAAGCCAGGCGCGCGAGCCGUUCGACGUCGAGGAUGGGCGAUACCAGGCCCCUAUUUCCGUAGACAAGAAGGCAAGAAGGUGGUUGUGGAUUGUAGGAACAGCCUGUGUAGCAGGAUGGGCACUUGCGCUCGUCUUCUUCUUGAUGAGCGGUAGCUACAAGCAUACUUCAUCGCGGCCGCACGACCCUCUCGCUACCUCUACCAAGGGCUCCGGGAAGAAGAUUACAAUGGACGACGUCUUUGGAGGCCGCUUCUAUCCCCAACAACAGAGCGUCGCGUGGAUAUCGGGACCAAAGGGAGAGGAUGGCCUGCUGCUUGAGAAGGGCUCUGGGGACGAGGAAUACCUGGUGGUCGAGGAUAUCAGGACCAAGGGCGAAGCAAAGUCUUCUGCUGGCAAGACCACGCUCAUGAAGAAGAACACGUUCGAGGUGGAUGGCACAUACGUCUAUCCCAGUGACGUUUGGCCCAGUAAGGACUUCAAGAAGGUGCUUGUCAUGUCGGAUUACCAGAAGAAUUGGCGACACUCCGGUAUUGCCAAAUAUUGGAUCUUUGACGUCGAGACACAGACUGGCGAGCCUCUUGACCCUGAGCAGCCAGGGAGCAUGAUACAGCUGGCUUCGCUGUCACCACAGUCGGAUGCGGUUGUUUUCACGAGGGACAACAACAUGUUCCUCCGCAAGUUGAACUCCAAGGAAGUUAUUCAAAUCACAAAAGACGGCGGCUCUGAGCUAUUCUACGGCGUGCCUGACUGGGUAUACGAGGAGGAGGUCUUUCAAGGAAACAGCGCGACUUGGUGGUCCGAGGAUGGUCAGUACAUUGCCUUCUUGCGCACCGACGAGUCUACCGUGCCAACUUACCCUGUUCAAUAUUUCGUCUCGCGGCCAAGCGGAGAAAAGCCUAAGGCGGGCGAGGAGAACUACCCCGAGGUUCGCGACAUCAAGUACCCCAAGGCCGGCGCACCUAAUCCUAUCGUGUCGCUACAAUUCUACGACGUCGAGAAGGGCGAAGUGUUCAGUGUCGAUAUCGAGGACGACUUCAGCGACAAGAACCGUUUAAUCACCGAGAUCGUCUGGGCUGGGAAGACGAAGCAAGUUCUUGUUCGUGAGACCAACCGCGAGAGCGACAUCCUGAAGCUCGUUUUGAUGGACGUCGAAAAGCGCACUGGCAAGACAGUAAGAACCGAGAAUGUCGCAGAGUUGGACGGAGGCUGGUUUGAAGUCUCUCAGAAGACGACAUUCGUACCAGCUGAUCCCGACAACGGACGCAAGGAUGAUGGCUAUAUCGACACAAUCAUUCACGAGGGUUACGACCAUAUUGGGUACUUCUCACCUUUGGAUAGCGACAAACCUGUGUUGCUUACACAGGGUGAGUGGGAGGUUGCGGAUGCACCUUCCCGGGUAGACCUCACAAACAACCUUGUGUAUUACCUCUCGACUGAGAAGAGUUCAAUGGAACGACACGCUUACUCUGUAUAUCUGAACGGUACUGGAAAGAGCGAAGUUUUGAAGGAUGGGGGUUCAGGGUACUAUGGAGCAUCCUUUUCAGCGGGUGGUUCUUAUGCCCUGAUUUCCUACAAAGGUCCUGGUAUCCCGUGGCAAAAGAUUAUCAGUACGCCAUCGAACAAGGACAAGUACGAGAAAGUCAUUGAGGAGAACAAGUCUCUUGAUCGCUUCGUACGCUCACUCGAGAUGCCCAUCCUCAACUAUCAGACGAUCACCGUGGACGGAUUUGAACUGAAUGUCCUUGAGCGCCGUCCGCCGCACUUCAACCCUAAGAAGAAAUAUCCUGUCCUCUUCUACCAGUACAGCGGUCCGGGUUCGCAAGAAGUCGAUAAGAAGUUCAAGGUCGAUUUCCAGUCUUACAUCGCCGCUAGUCUCGGAUACAUUGUUGUGACAGUGGACGGACGAGGUACGGGCUUUCUUGGUCGCAAGCUCCGAUGCAUCACAAGAGGCAACAUUGGUUACUAUGAGGCGCACGAUCAGAUCGCUGCAGCCAAAAUCUGGGCUAGCAAGAAGUACGUCGAUGCUGAUCGACUUGCGAUCUGGGGCUGGAGUUACGGAGGAUUCAACACACUGAAGACGCUCGAGCAGGACGGAGGAGAGACAUUCAAGUACGGAAUGGCUGUUGCUCCUGUGACUGAUUGGCGAUACUACGAUUCCAUCUACACGGAGCGUUACAUGCACACACCACAAAACAACGCUGAAGGAUACGACAACUCUACCAUCACCGAUGUCACGUCCCUGGCAAAGAACGUCCGCUUUUUGGUCAUGCACGGCGUCGCCGAUGACAACGUACACAUGCAGAACACACUUACUCUGCUUGACCGAUUGGACCUUGCAGGUAUCGAAAACUACGACGUCCAUGUGUUCCCGGAUUCGGAUCAUAGCAUCUACUUUCACAACGCGAACCGAAUCGUCUAUGACAAACUCAAGUGGUGGCUUGUGAAUGCUUUCAACGGCGAGUGGUCGCGGAUUACAAAUGCAGUGCCCAAGACACAAGACGAUGCGCGGUCAAUAGUACGACUUGAUAUUCAACUGUAUCUGAUCUUCAAGAUGAGCUUUGAGCCUAGCAAUCUGGCAAUUUGCGAAACAUGCGGUACGCAGUUUGAUGUUCCACUUGAGCAGCACCCAGAGACAUGUCGGAUCUGCGAUGAUCCUCGCCAGUACGUUCCCGCCAGCGGCCAAUCCUGGACCUCACUCUCAUCUACCCAACCCCUCCAGAAGAACACUUUCGAAACCGACAAGCAAGACUCACGAAUCCACUACAUAACCACUGCACCUUUGUCUCCUUCUGAACUACCCCCUGGUCUCGCCGACUCCAGCACCACCCGCAAGCAAUUGGGUAUUGGACAACGCGCCAUCCUACUUCAGACAUCCGGUGGAAACGUUCUUUGGGAUUGCGUCGCAUUCUUGAACCCCGAUACGAUUAAUUUCAUCAAGGAAAAAGGCGGGUUGAAGGCGAUUGUGAUCAGCCAUCCACAUUUCUUUACGACUCACUUGGAGUGGGCGAGUGUGUUUGGAUGUCCGGUAUAUCUAUGUGGGGAUGAUGAGAUGUGGUUGAAUCGCAAAGAUAAGGAUGGUGUGAGGAAGUUGGUCAAAGGGGUUACCGAGAUCGAAGAGAUUGGAGGCGAGGCUAAGAUGAUUCAAUGCGGGGGCCAUUUUGAUGGUAGUUCGGUGCUGUGGUGGGACAAGAAGUUGUUUAUUGCUGAUACGUUCAUGAGUGUGCCUUCUGGCUUCAACAACGCAUACCGCGUACCAGAUACAACAUCGUAUUCGUUCAUGUGGGCGUAUCCUAAUAUGAUUCCACUGAAGCCAAAGGCGAUUCACGGGAUCUGGAAGGCGAUCAAGCCAUUCGAGUUUGAUAGCACGUAUGGAGGAUUUCCAGGGCAGAAUCUAAAGAGGCCAGACUUGAAGAAGCAGGUGUUGGAAAGUAUGAAGAUAUUCUUGAAGAGGAGCGGACAUGAGAAUGUGGGAAUCUUCGAGGAGAAUGUUUGA